AUGGGGGAGGAAAGGACAUCCUACUCAAGACCGUUCACGUACACGGGGGUUGACUUCGCUGGCCGAUUGGAAGUCAAGAACUACACCGGCCGAGUCUGCCUCAUAUGUCUGUUCGUGUGCUUCAGCACGAAGGCGAUCCACUUGGAGGCGACGUCGAAUCUCACGACGGAGAAAUUCCUGGCGGCAUUUUCCCAUUUCAUAGCACGGCGCGGGUACCCACAGCAAAUGCACUCGGACAACGAGAAGAAUUUCGUUAGAGCUGGCAAAGUGAUCUCCACCGACUUUUUGGAAGCGACGAGAGACUGCUUCAACCCGCCCGAUGCCCCACAUAUAGAUGGAUUAUGGGUAGCCGGCGUAAAGAGUUUUAAGGCACUCUUUUACAAGGCGACCUCCACCAUAAAAUAUACGUGUGAAGAGUUAUCCACUCUUCUGUCUAAGACGAAGCCUGCCUGA